ACACCCGUCCCUCUCCCGCUCGGCACUGUUGUCCCUCGCACAGCGAAGAUGGCCGACCAGCUCCGGCGCGCGCCGGCGGUGCUGCUGAGUCUGACGCUGCUGCUGACCGCAGCGGCCGGCUACCCCGACGUGCAGUCCCGCCCGCUCGUCGCCACGCGAGAGGGCAUCGUCAGGGGCGUGGCGCGGCGCAGCGCCGCCGGCGGCCUCUUCUUCGGCUUCAAGGGGAUCCCGUACGCGCGCGCGCCGCUCGGGCCACUCCGCUUUCAACCGCCGCAACGCCACCCGGGCUGGGCGGACGUGCUGGACGGCCUCAAGCACGGCCGCACGUGUCUGCAGUACAACGCCUUUAAGAACAACAGUCUGGAGGGCGACGAGGACUGCUUGUUCGCCAACGUGUACACGCCGCAGCUGCCGGCGCUGGAGAGAGCCGUUGGAGGUUUGCCAGUCAUGGUUUUCAUACACGCCGGUGGCUUCACGAUGGGCAGCGGAGACGAGGAGAUAUACGGACCGAACUAUUUCAUGGACGAGGCUGUGGUGCUGGUGACCUUCAACUACCGACUUGGAUCGUUCGGAUUCUUCACGACACACGAUAAGAACGCUCCCGGCAACUACGGUUUGCUAGACCAGGUGCUGCUGCUGCAGUGGGUCCGGGAUAAUAUCGCCAGAUUAGGCGGAGACCCCGCUACGGUGACCGUUUUCGGCACGUCAGCGGGAGGAGCCAGUGUCUCGUUUUUGGUGCUGAGCCCCCUGGCGAAAGGCCUGUUCCACCGCGCCAUCAGCCAGUCGGUGCGUAAGGAACGCCCCCUCCGAGGAUCUCAUGGAGGCCAGAAAGAAAGUAAGGCUGCAGGAGGCGCUUUUCAUCCACGGGUGGACCACGAAUCGGAAUCGCCGUUUCUGCCAAAAGAUCCGCGAUAUCUCAUCAAGAAUGGGGAAUUCAACCUGGUUCCAUGGAUGAAUGGCAUUGCGGAAGAGGAAGGAGCACUGUAUGCUCGUUUUUUUCUCCAAAACAAAUCAGUGGCGGAAGGUGUGUCUUCAGGAAAUCCCAUCACAUGGGGCAUCCUAACUGGCUUGAUUAGCGAGUCCGGGGCCAUUCCACUGGACUGUGGAUCGGACUCAAACGUGGAGAUCGCCAAAGUGAUUGACUUCUACGUCGGCAAUGACACACUCAGCCAUACUAACACUCUGCCGUUCGUUCCAGCUAUAGGAGACCGAGUAUUUGUUGUUCCCAUGUCGGAGGAGGUGCGCCUCGCGUCACUCCACGCGCCGGUCUACAAAUACGUGCUGGAUUACAGAGGACCUGGUCGCCUCUCCCCCGCCGAGCUGUUUGGAAUUGAUGCACCGAUCAUGGAUCCCUCGCACGGCGAUGACUUGGUGUACCUGUUCAGCAACGCAAAGCAGGCAGCGUACCCAGCCGACUCGCCGACGUACACCAUGAUCCGCUUCAUGGUGAGCCUGUGGACGAGCUUCGCUCGCACCGGUCGGCCCAGCUCAACCGUCCUGCCGACGCCCGACUGGCCUGUCUUCACCGAGCACAGCCAGCGCCACAUGCGACUCGAUGCGGAGCCCUCAGUCGGGGAGCGGCUGUUCGAUGAGCGCGUGCGCUUCUGGCAGAGCGUCCGCAUAAACGAGGCCUGGCGGCACGAGGUGCAGACCAGCUGCCUGCCGAACGGGGCUGACAAUGAGAUGUACCCCGAGCGAGACGAGCGCGAGUGCGAUAUGAGCCAGCUGCACCGGUGUUCACACGACGCCACGGAUGUCACACUGGGAGACGAGCGCGAGUGCGAUAUGAACCAGCUGCACCGGUGUUCACACAACGCCCCGGAUGUCACACUGGGAGACGAGCGCGAGUGCGAUAUGAGCCAGCUGCACCGGUGUUCACACGACGCCACGGAUGUCACACUGGGAGACGAGCGUGAGUGCGAUUGA